AUGCCCGGGUGGCGGGACUCGCACUCUGAGCUUCCCCUCCGAGGCCCGCUGCAGUGGGCUGCCUCUCCUGAGGUCCUGCUGAGAGCUCGCUGGCUGGCGGCUCUCCCGGUGUCUGGGGUCGUGCUGAGGCUGGGGGGAUCCGGGAGGGAGAGACGCGCAGCCGUGGUGACCCCGGAGGAGGAGGAGGAAAUGGCGGGCGGCCGGGCACAGGGGCCGCCCGGGAGGCCUGGCGCCCUCCACCCUCCUCCCAGCCCGGGGCCUCCUGUAGGCGAGGCUGCCUCUCAGCGGACUGCGUGCGGCCUGCAGGUGACCUUCCGAGACGUGGCCGUGGACUUUACGCGGCAGGAGUGGCAGCUGCUGGGGCCGGCGCAGAGGGCGCUCUACAGGGACGUCAUGCUGGAGAACUACAGAAACGUGGCGUCGCUGGGACAUCCUGUUUCCAAACCCAGCGUGAUCUCCCAGUUAGAGCAGAGCGGAGCGCCGUGGAUGCCGGAUGGAGAAGCAGCCAGAAGCCUUUCAGGUGAGGGAAUGAAGGUGGGAGCCCAGGCAGGCCCCAGGGAGAGGGAGGCCCGACCCCGAAGCCCCUGCUCAGAGGCACACAAAGGGCAGAAUAGAGGCGGAGAGAGCACUGGGGACGUUCCUCCAGGCUCCGGGUCUCAGGUGUGUGUGUGUGAGGUGCUGAGCAAAGCCAAGCCGGCCCUGGCACUUACACACGCAGUUCGAGGAAAUCACCUAUUUGUGUCUGGGGGACGAGGGACGGAGGGAGAGGAAGGGGAGGACGUUCUUCCUUUCCAAAUAAAGAGCGGCUCUUCUCCUGUGGGCCCGGCCCUGUGCUUGGCUGACCCCAAGGAGGUCUGGGUGCGAGGUUGUGCCAGAAGCCCUCUCCUAUCCAUCCUCGUGCUGCCCGUAGCUUCAUGGGGCGCCGUGUCUGCCCCAUCUCCAAGAGGCUCUCGGGCUCCCCCCACCCCCUCCUGCCUGUGCCGGGGCCUCUCCUCCAGGCUUCAUUGGGCGCAUCCAGCCAGCGCCUUUUCUUCCACCUGCCCUGAUGCCUGCCACACUUCAGUCCACCGUCAUUUCCUUCCAGUGUUCAGGGAGGGAGGAGAGAAAAGGGGGGAGAGAGAAUGUGGGGGGCGGCAGUGUGGCCUCCGUGGGGGCCGCUCGGGCACAGCAAGUCGAUUUCUGUGGUUGGAACCGAGGCUUGGAAUUAGGAAUGAAAUAAGUUUGCCGAGAGAGGUCGGCCCUGCAGUGUGCAAAGCCUCCACGACCAGCCUGGGACUCGGAGACCAUCCACGCAUGGAGGAACGGUUGCCGUGUGACCUUACACAACAGCAGAAAACCUCCCCUGGAGAGAACCUCUACGUAUAUAAUGAACGUGGGAAAGCCUUCAGCGAUAGCUUGUCCCUUACUCUGCAUCAGAGAAUUCAUACUGGAGAGAAACUCUGUGAUUGUGACGGAUGUAGGAAAGUCUUGAGUGACAGCACGUCCCUUACUCCACAUCAGAGAAUUCCAAUUGGAGAGAAAUCCUAUAAGUGUCAUGAAUGUGAGAAAUUGUUCAGCCAGUAUACAAGCCUGAUUAGACAUCAGAGGAUUCAUACAGGUGAAAAACCUUACAAAUGUAGUGAGUGUGGAAAAGCCUUCAGUCAGUGCACAAACCUCAUCCGGCAUCAGAGAGUUCACACCGGGGAAAAACUCUUUAGAUGUAAUGAAUGUGGUAAGACUUUCAGCAACAGUUCAUCCUGCAGUAUCCAUCAGAGAAUUCACACUGGGGAGAAACCCUUUGGGUGUGGUGACUGUGGACAAGCCUUUAGUCAACAGGGCAGUCUUAUUCAACAUCAAAGGAUUCAUACAGGAGAGAAGCCCUUUAAGUGUAAAAAAUGUGGAAAAGCCUUUAGCCAAAAUAUACACCUUACUCAACAUCAGAGACUUCAUACUGGGGAGAAAAUCUAUAAAUGCAAUGAAUGUGGUAAAGCCUUCAGCAACAGCUCAACUCUUAUUCUACAUAAUAGGAUUCACACUGGAGAGAAACCAUAUGAAUGUAAUGAAUGUGGAAAAACCUUUAGCCAGUACACAACUCUUAUUCAACACCAGAGAAUUCACACAGGAGAGAAGCCCUACAAAUGUAAUGUCUGUGAAAAAACUUUCAGCCAGAGCACGAGCCUUAUCCGUCAUCAGAAAAUUCAUACUGGAGAGAAACUUUGCAUAUGCCAUGAAUGUGGACAAGCCUUCAGUCAGCAAGGAAGUCUUACUAAACAUCAAAGAAUUCAUACUGGAGAGAGGCCCUAUAAAUGUCACGAAUGUGGAAAAGCCUUCACCCAGAGUAUGAACCUUACACGACAUCAAAGAAUUCACACUGGAGAAAAAUUAUAUAAAUGUAAUGAAUGUGGUAAAGCUUUCAGCAAUGGCUCAUCACUUACUCAACAUGAGAGGAUUCACACUGGAGAAAAACCCUAUAAUUGUAGUGAAUGUGGCAAGGCCUUCAGUAAUAGCUCCUCAGUUACUCAACAUGAAAGAAUUCAUACUGGAGAGAAACCUUAUAAGUGUAAUGAAUGUGGAAAAGCCUUCACACAUAGUAUGAAUCUUACACGACAUCAAAGAACUCAUACGGGAGAGAAACCCUAUCACUGUAAUGAAUGUGGAAAAUCUUUUAGCCAGAAUAUGAACCUUACCCGACAUCAAAGAAUCCAUACUGGAGAGAAACCCUACAAAUGUAAUCAAUGUGACAGAGCCUUCAACCAAAGCACAUCUCUUGCUGAGCAUCAGAAAACACAUAGGAAAGAAGCUGAGAAAUAUAAUAAAUGCAAUCAGGCUUUUAGCUGCAGCUGA